CCGGAAGCGAUUCUUAACCCGGAAAAGGUUGCUGUUUACAGCGGAACGUUUUCCGCCACAAAAAACGACAGUGAUUUAAGUAAAGUCUGAAAACCGCAACGAGGGAUGGAUUCUCCUGUUAGAAGUGAAAGCUCCAGCCCUCAACAAAGAGAGAAUAAAGGACCUUCGGAGGAUGAGACCAGUCCAGGAGCACGGAGGCCCCAGCAAGCGAACGCAAGGGAGAGAAGCCCUAAAAAGCAAUCCUCACCAGAAGCAGGCCACAAAGGUCGUAACCAAUCGAAGAGCUCGGCCUCAAGCAGUUCAGACAGCAGCAGCAGCAGUGAUGAGGAUGCUGAACAUGAGGGUGCUCUAAGGAAAAUUAGGAGCAGCGUGGCUCACAUACAAAGAUCCAGGUUCAAGGAGAGUGACAGAUCCUCAUCCAGAGAGAGUAAACGGUCCAGGCAAGAAGAUAGAUCCAAGUCCAAAGAAAGAAACGGAUCCCAAUCCAGAGAAAGAGACAGAUCAAGAUCCAAGGGACAGGAAAAGUCAAGGUCCAGAUCCAGGGAACAAAAAAGGUCGAGGUCCAGAUCCAGAGACCAACAAAAAUCAAGGUCUAGAUCCAGAGAACGGGGAAGAUCUAGGUCUAGAUCCAAAGAACGGGGAAGAUCUAGGUCCAGAUCCAAAGAACGGGGAAGAUCGAGGUCUAGAUCAAGGGGACGAGACAGAUCCAGGUCUAAGGGACGGGAACGUUCCAGAUCAAGAGAAAGAGACCGGAACAGAGAACGCUUCGACAGAAGACGCUAUGCUCGAGAUCGCUAUGACGACCGACGCGAUGACAGGGAUAGACGUUUUGAUUGGCGAGCCAACAGAGAUGAAGAUUCAGAGCGCAGGAGGCGGGGGCGAUCUGCCUCCCCUCCAGCUGACAAGGAGCCAGCUGCAGCCGAAGAACCGCCGGUUAAGAAGAAGAAGAAGGAGGAGCUGGACCCGAUCCUGACGAGGACCGGCGGUGCUUACAUUCCCCCUGCCAAACUGCGCAUGAUGCAACAGCAAAUUACUGACAAGAGCAGCCUGGCCUAUCAGAGGAUGAGCUGGGAGGCUCUGAAGAAGUCCAUCAACGGUCUGAUCAACAAAGUCAACGUGUCCAACAUUGUGAACAUCAUCCAGGAGCUGCUGCAGGAAAACAUUGUCAGGGGAAGGGGUCUUCUGGCUCGGUCAGUGCUGCAGGCUCAAGCCGCUUCCCCCAUCUUUACUCAUGUCUAUGCUGCUGUCGUGGCCAUCAUCAACUCCAAGUUCCCUCAGAUCGGAGAGCUGAUCCUGAAACGUCUGAUCCUGACCUUCAGGAGGAGCUACCGCCGCAACCUGAAGCAACAGUGCCUGACGGCCUCAAAGUUUGUGGCACAUCUCAUCAACCAGAAUGUGGCCCACGAGGUUUUGUGUUUGGAGAUGCUGACUCUGCUGCUGGAGCGUCCGACUGACGACAGCGUGGAGGUAGCCAUCUCUUUCCUCAAGGAGUGUGGACUCAAACUGACUGAGGUCUCACCCCGUGGAAUCAAUGCCAUAUUUGAGCGUCUCAGGAAUAUCCUCCAUGAAUCGUCCAUUGACAAAAGGGUCCAGUACAUGAUCGAGGUGAUGUUCGCCAUCAGGAAGGAUGGUUUCAAAGAUCAUCCUGUGAUCCCCGAUGGCCUGGACCUGGUGGACGAGGACGACCAGUUCACCCACAUGCUGCCACUGGAGGACGAGUAUAACACUGAGGAUGUCCUCAACGUGUUCAAGAUGGACCCAGACUUCCAGGAGAACGAGGAGAAAUACAAAACUAUUAAAAGAGAUAUCCUCGACGAGGGCAACAGUGAUUCAGGAGAGGAGGGGGGCGGCAGCGAUGAAGAUGAGGACGAAGAAGAUGAGAACGAGGAAGGGGGAGAAGAUGAGAAGGUUACCAUCUUUGACAAGACAGAAGUCAACCUUGUUGCUUUCAGACGAACCAUUUACCUCGCUAUUCAGUCCAGCUUGGACUUUGAGGAAUGCGCCCACAAACUGAUCAAGAUGGACUUUCCUGACAGCCAAACUAAAGAGCUGUGUAAUAUGAUCCUGGACUGCUGUGCUCAGCAGAGGACCUAUGAGAAGUUCUUCGGUCUACUUGCUGGGAGGUUCUGUCUGCUGAAGAAGGAGUACAUGGAGAGCUUUGAGGCGAUAUUUUUUGAGCAGUACGAUACAAUCCACCGACUGGAGACCAACAAACUGAGGAACGUGGCCCGACUGUUUGCUCAUCUGCUCUACACAGACUCAGUGCCAUGGAGUGUGUUGGAAUGCAUCCGAAUGAGUGAGGAGACCACAACAUCAUCUAGCAGGAUUUUUGUGAAAAUCCUUUUCCAGGAGCUCUGUGCCUACAUGGGCCUCCCAAAACUCAACCAACGGCUUAAAGACCCAACCCUGCAAACCUUCUUUGAGGGUCUUUUUCCUCGUGAUAAUCCCAGAAACACUCGUUUUGCCAUCAACUUCUUCACCUCGAUUGGACUGGGAGGCUUGACCGAUGAGUUGAGGGAACACCUGAAGAACGCACCAAAGAUGAUCAUGACUCAAAACCAGGAAGUUGAAUCAUCUGACUCGUCGUCAUCGUCGUCCUCUUCGUCGUCGUCGGACUCUUCCUCCUCUGAUUCUUCCAGCGGAUCAGAUUCUGACUCCUCAGAUUCUGACUCCUCCUCCAGCAGCAGCAGCUCAGGGUCUGACAACAAACACAAGAAGAAGAGAAAGGGACGCCGUGAAGAGAAAAAAAAGAAAGAAAAGGACAAGAAGAAGAAAGUGGACAUGAAGCAAAAAGGAGGCAGGAAUGAUAAAGACAACAAUGAUGUUGAGAAGCAGGCGAAGAAGGAUAGAAGGGACCGUGAACGUGACUUGGACGAACAUGCACGUGAGGACACAAGGGGACGAAGGCGAGAAGAAAGGUCGGAGAAAGAUGAGCGGCAGGAGGAGGAGGAAGGCAGGAGACGAAAAGUGGACAGACCACAAGAUGAUGAUGGUCAAAGGGACAGAGGGCGAGACAGAGACAGGGAGCGAGGAAGGGAGAGAGAGUAUGAGGAGAAGGAGAGAGACAGAGAGAGGAAUAAAGAGAACAGAGACAGGAACAGAGAGAGAGAGGAGAGGAGGAGGAGAUGAAACUCUUACAGCAGCAGUGAUGGACUGAUGACUGACAGACGAGGGAGGCGUCCAUCCUUCUCUUCUGUCAUCCCUCUUUACUCCAUCCUGACUUUAUACUGUCAUAAACUCGGACCUGUCAUUCUCUUCCCUUCAGUUUGUUUUCUACUGAUGAUUUUUGUUGCUUCUGUAAACGAGAAGAAAAACCAUUAAAGUUGCUCUAGAUGUUUUUGAUCA